AUCAGAUCUGUACAAGACAGAAGCCUCCUCCACGGCUAUGAUGACCAGGGUUCCUGGGUUAUGUAGUUCUCCGCAGAAUGCAACAGCUGGACUCGGGAACCGGAGCCAGACAUGGUGGAUGGAUCUCCCAGGCUUUGCAGCCUGUUUUCAAAACACUGUUGCAGUUUGGAUCCCUUGCAUCUAUCUAUGGAUUUCUUUCCCCUUCUAUUAUCUUUACCUUCAGAAAAACCGCAGGGGCUAUAUCAGGAUGUCGGCUGUCUUCAAAGCAAAAAUGAUUCUUGGCUUCGCCUUGUUCGUGCUGUGUUUCUCCACCAUCUCCUACCUCCUUUGGAAAGCUAACCAAGGCGUUUUACCAGCACCCGAGCUCAUAAUUAGCCCUACAAUUCAACUGGUCACCAUG